AUGCAGGGUGUGAUUGCAAAGGUUGAUGAGCCAACAGACUGGGUUAGCCAGAUCGCAAUCAUUACGAAGAAAAAUGGCGAACUACGCGUAUGUAUAGACCCGAAGCCACUGAAUGAGGCCCUGCGUAGAGAACAUUAUGCGUUACCGACGCUAAAAGAUGUUUUACCACGUUUGACAAAAGCUAAGUUUUUCACGAAAGUAAACCUUUCUUCCUCAUUCUGGCAUGUUGUUCUAGACGACGAAUCCAGUUUCCUCACCACAUUUGCUACACCGUUCGGACGUUAUCGUUGGCUGCGAUUACCGUUUGGCCUGAAGGUGUCGAGCGAAAUUUUCCAAAAGCGUUUGGUGCAAGCAAUAGAUGAUUUAGAUGGCGUAACCUGUGUGGCAGAUGACGUUCUGAUUUACGGUUCUACCGAAGAAGAGCAUGACACUAAGCUACACCGGUUCCUGAGGCGUUGCUUGCAAAAGAACAUGAAGCUAAAACGCGAGAAAGUAGAGCUGCGGAAAGAGGAGGUGAUUUUCCAUGGGCAUGUGUUAACAUCCGACGGAAUCAGAGUUGACCCAGGGAAGAUUAAGGCGAUACAAGAGAUGCCGUCCCCUAACGAUGUGAAGACAGUCCAUCACCUAAACGGAAUGGUGAAUUAUUUAAGCCGGUUCCUACCAGGACUCGCUGAUGUCAUGACUCCGAUUAGGCAGCUAACUCACAAAGGAGUAAAUUGGAGCUGGGGAAAGGAACAGGAUUUGGCUUUCGCAACCAUUAAUAACCUUAUCAGUAAUGCGCCCGUACUCGGAUAUUACGAUCCAGCACAACCAUUUGAGGUACAGUGUAAUAGUAGCCAGAGUGGAAUAGGUGCUGUUCUGUUGCAGAACGGAAGACCUUUGGAUUUCCGCAGUCGAGCACUCACAGAGGCCGAGAAGCGGUACGCACAGAUCGAGAAAGGGAUGCUGGCAGUGGUCUAUGCCAUGGAGCGUUUCAAUGAUUAUACUUUUGGAAGAAAGACAACCGUGCACACUGAUCAUAAGCCGCUGGUUUCGAUAGCCACUAAACCACUGAAUAACGUUCCUCGUCGUCUGCAGCGUAUGCUUAUCCGGCUCCAGAAGUAUGACAUUGACAUUGUGUACACACCUGGCACACAGAUGUUCAUCGCGGACACCCUGUCGAGAGCACAUCCGCCAGUGGCCGAAUAUCAUCUAGAAGAGAUCGAGACAGUUAGCAUGGUGCAGCAUCUGGCAGUGACAGAAAACCGUUUGAAAGACAUAAGGCGUUUCACGGAGGAAGACCAAACUUUUGCAGCUUUGCGAGACGUUAUCCUCAAUGGGUGGCCAGAAACAAAGAAGCAGCUCCCGAAGGAAUUAACACCCUACUUCAAUUUUCGGGACGAACUCACUGUCUGUGACGGUCUGUUGUUCAAGGGAAGUCGAAUCCUAAUCCCUUCUUCUCUCCGAAAGGAGAUGCUGGAGCAUGUCCAUCUCGCUCACCUGGGUGCAAAUUACACCAUUAAUCGAGCAAGGAACUGA